CCUUAACAGCCAGGGAUGUUCAGGUCCUAUCCUCUGGUUCUUGACUUCAUCCCAUCCCAAAGCCGUUCCCGUCGAUCAGCAGUGUGUUCAUUGUAUCUCGCAGUAAUACCAGCUUGAAUUUCCGAUCGCAUCGACGAGGCUUAUUCACCCACACUGACUGCGAUUCCGAAUUACUAUCUCGGCGGCGCCAUGGCGCCUUCGCUGCGUGCCCUCGUUUCCUAUGCAAGCAACUUCCUCUCGCAGCUCCCACUCUUUGAUAGCAACCUGCGCAAUGUCUCCCCAUACGAACCUCUCAGCGGCGCACCGAGGUGUCCAAUUGACGACGGGCCAAUGAGCUGCCACAACAAAACGGCUGUCGCUGGCGACUCGUGCUGUUUCGUCCACCCUGGCGGCCGGAUCCUGCUCAUACAAUCAUGGGACCAGCGGGUGCCUGCUAGCGGCAUUGAGGAGGAUUGGACGUUGCGUGGCUUACGGCCCGUUCUCUGCGAUGGCACUCAUCAUGAUCAAUACUGCCACCUGGCUCCAUAUUACACCGACAUCGCCACUGUGCUGCGGAAUUAUGGCCAAGACAAUCUCCUAAAGUUCAUGAGCCGCUACUGGCCCGCGGCGUCAGGGCCAAACUCCCUCCUCUGGGAGACCGAAUAUAACAAUUACGCAACAUGCAUCAACACGCUCUCCCCUCGAUGCUACGGCGCAGCGCACAAGCCCGGGCUCGAGGUUGUCGACUACUUCACCCGGGCGGCCGCUCUCUUCCGCACGCUCGAUACCUACAGAGCCCUCGAGAAGGCGGGCAUCGUGCCAGACUCUGGGCGACACUACGCGCUGGCUGACGUCCAAAGGGCACUGGAGAGGUUCACCGGCGGCAGAGUGGUGUUGAAAUGCAACGGCGGCGGGGCGGACAUUCUGCAAGAGGUCCGGUAUGUCUACUUCAUCAAGGGGAGCUUGCAGACGGGCCAAUUUGUGCCAGCCCAAGAUCUUGGUAGAGAAGAGGAGGCGGGAAACUGCGCCCCUUUGGUCAGGUAUCUUCCCAAGAGGCCCAAGGGAGAGCUUUGAGUUAUGAGAAUGGCCGCGUAAUCAUGGGCUGGGCUGUUUGGCUGGGUCUUUUGGGCGUUCCGGUAUUUUUGGGUUCAGCAUGGAUAUGUGUAGGUUCCCAGGUUCCUACUGCCCGGUGUGUGAAGGGCUUGGCUUCCGCGCUGUAGUUCGAUACGCAAAUGACGGGCCGACUGUUGCCUGGAGGCAACCUAAGAUGAUAGUCUCUGCAGCAAGAAAGAUCUGUCGCUGGUCAACGCGCGGAGAGAGGCCUUUCUCUCGGGCCAUUCUCCUCGCCAACCCCGAGCCAAGGAAGGAGAUGGUCAAGCAGGCGGCUUCCCAUUGUUCGAUGUCUAGGCACAAAGGACCGACUAGAGAUGGGGUAGCGGCUCUAGCUGCAAAGGACACCUCACGAAUAGAUGUGGAACAGAUGAUCUCGAAGCGAUACCGACUACAGCUUGCUGCCCAGCUGAAUUGAAC